AUGGAAAUGGAAAAUACAACAAUACCUUCAGAAUUCAUCCUUUUGGGCUUCUAUGAGUGGCCACAUCAACAAUUCAUCCUGUUUUUGAUAUUUCUCCUGAUCUACCUGAUGGCCAUGACUGGUAACUUGUUUAUUAUUGUGGUGAUAUCCUCCAGCAAAAACCUCCAUACUCCUAUGUAUUUCUUCUUGUUUAACUUGGCCAUCCUUGACAUUUUGCUAAUAUCAGCUAUUAUGCCAAAACUCUUAGAGCUUUGCUUUUCUGGAAACCAAUCCAUCACAUAUUUUGGAUGCGUGGCCCAGGUGCUGGUAUUUCUCAUAUGUAGUAUGUCUGAGACAUUUCUUCUUGCGAUCAUGGCCUAUGAUCGUUAUGCGGCUAUCUGCUGUCCAUUGCGUUAUUCCUAUUUAAUGAAUUUGAGAAUCUGCCUUCAUCUUGCUCUUCUAUCAUGGGGAUUUGGUCUACUGGAAUCUCUGGUGUUAACGGGGUUGAUUUUUCGUUGUUCAUUCGUGAAAUAUAAAGAAAUUAAUCAUUUUUUUUGUGACCUGGAUUCUCUGAUAAAACUCUCCAGCAGCGGCACUACAGAAGCACAUAUGACUCUUUUAGUGUCAACAUUUAUCUGUGGAUUCAUUCCCACGGUUUUCAUUUUAGUGACCUAUGGUUUUGUUAUUUAUAAUAUACUAAAGAUACGUUCCAACAAAGGAAAGCAAAAGGCCUUCUCUACCUGUUCUUCUCACCUUACAGUUAUCACCUUAUUCCUUGGGAUUAUUCUGAGAACUUAUUUCAGACCAAAGUCUGCCUACUCAAUACAAGAAGACAAAAUUUUAUUGUUGCUUUAUACAUCUUGCAUUCCAACACUCAAUCCUUUAAUCUACAGUUUAAGGAACAAGGAUGUUCAUGUAGCUGUAAAAAAAAUUAAAAAGAUUACUAAAAGUCAUAUUUUCACACCAUGUGAAUAUUUUUGCUACAAACGUACAAGAGACUCGACUUCUGGAAUAAAGACAAUGUGGAUUAUGCAAAAUUAAUGCCACUUGCUGGCAACUAAUGGUUGAUUUUUUUUUGUGCAACAUUCUGUUUACAUUUAUUGAAAAGCAAUGACAACUAGUGAAAAUAUAGUAUUCUGCAUUACUGCCUUCAAUGUGCAUGCAUAGCAGGUUAAAAGCCCCUCUCAAAUUUUAAAUGAUGUAUGGCAGACUUCUGUACUGGUAACAGCUGUGUCAAGCCCCAUACAUACGGUCGAGAGUUGUGAGAAAUCGGCCGGUUCAAUAAAAACCUGCUGAUCAUCGGCCUGUGUGUAUGUCGGCCGGUCCGACAGAAGAUGGCAAAAUUGGAUUGUUAGUACCGACUGGACCUGUCAGGUUUUUUUUUCGUUCAACCAAAUUAGUGUGUACCAGGCUUCAGAG